AUGUUCAAACAUCCAGUGCUAAUAAAUCCUUCUAAGUAUCUUCGUGGUACAAAAAGGCAUGCCUCUGAGUUAUACAGGGAAGAUUAUUAUGACACUGAAUCACUUAAUUGUAACCCAUUCGCAAAUGCAUUAAUAGGAACCAGAUCUGAUGGGCAGAGAAUAAGAUUCCCUAGAGGUGAAAUGAUUCGACUUAUUGUGGACCGUAUUAAUGAUGAGUUGUAUUUAGUGCCAUUGAUAGAGGAUCCUCAGAAGGAUACGGCUUUGAUACCUUCACAUUACAUAUUAAACAAUGAGAGAUACAUUGAAUUUACUGAGGCUAUAAAGCAGUGGAAGAGAUAUAUUCCCCAAAAGUAUAAGUUCAGAAACAGCGAAACUAUCUUGAACCAAAUAAAAUUGUUACCUGAUUUCAGGAAUUCGAUUUUGAAAGCAUAUGAGAACAAAGUUAAGACACUACUUCCAAAAGCUAAGAAGAAAUUAAGAGACGAACCUGGUUUCUUGUGUACAUCAGAAGGAGAGCUCUUUCUUUUCGAAGGCUUAAAUCCUGUUGUCAAUAUAAACACUUUGGUUUCUGAUCUUAAUAUGAAAGAACCUAUAGCCAUAAGCUAUAAAGAAAACCUUGAGCUAUGCAAAGCGAUAUUUCUACUUCUUGAUUUCAAAUCCUAA